AUUGUGGAUCAUGGUAAUGAAAGAAUUGUUGCCGUGAAGGUGCUCAACCUCCAACGGUAUGGAGCUUGCAGGAGUUUUAUGGCUGAAUGCAAAGCCCUGAGAAACAUCCGGCAUCGAAACCUCGUCAAGAUCUUCACUUCGUGCUCGAGUGUAGAUCACCAUGGUAAUGAUUUUAAAGCUUUAGUUUUCGAAUUCAUGCCUAAUGGGAGUCUAGAAGAGUGGUUGCAUCCGAACGCACGUGAGGAUCAUCAAUCUAGAAGUCUAAGCCUCAUCCAGAGGCUGAACAUAGCCAUCGACAUUGCUUCGGCACUGGAGUAUCUUCAUCACCUCGGGCCAACGCCAAUUGUUCACUGUGAUCUUAAGCCCAGUAAUGUUCUUCUGGAUAAUGACUUGACUGCUCGUGUGGGUGACUUUGGAUUAGCAAGGUUUCUCGUGCAAACACGUGGUGAAUCAUCUCAGAGUUCAAGCAGCACGGUGGGAAUCAAGGGAACCAUUGGUUACGUCCCUCCAG